ACCCUACUGUGCGAGGAGGGCUGGGCCGCCAGGACCACGACCACCUCCCGCCAGACGCGUUCAUUGGAGGUAGAGCCGCUUGGAGGACGAAGAGGAGGAGGAGGGCACGUUUCGAACGUUAGCGUUUUCCCCGGGCUGGACCGCCUUUGCGAGCGUUCCACGGUUCGAACGCCGAGUGGGGAAAGGAAAGGGAAACCCCCACGUUCGCAGGCUCUCAGCGUUCGGAGGCUGGAACGUUGCCGCUCUCCGCGUUCGGCAGGCAGCGUGCAGCGCACCGUCUCCAGCGGGGCUCCUUCCUUUUAAAUCUCACUCCACCGCCCACCCGCCUCCCUCAACUCGCAACUUUGCCCAGUGCAACUUUGCUCACAGCUUGCUCGGCGGCGGCGGUGCCACCCAUUUCCACCCGAUUCCUUUUCUCCCCACCCCGCGCGCGUCCACCCAGUGUUGGUUCCGAUUGACUUUUUCUGGGGCGUGCUGGGCGUCCCUGGCUUAUCUCCGUCCCUGGUGGGGAAUGUGGAAAUGGCCGGUGACAGGAGCCCUGGGGUCUUCUUGUGCCGGCGACGCUUCGGGCUCCUGCUGCUGGCGACGGCGGCGGCCGGGCUGUGCGGCGGGGUCUCCGGAGUCAAGAAUCCCAGCUGCCACGAAGUGAGGACGGCGUUUCAGAUCCGCCAGAUCGGCCCCCUCAAGCUGGUGCCCGAUGUUCCCACAGCCGAUUCCAACUUACAGAUCUGCCAGCACAAAGUGCAAACAUGUUGCACUAGAAAGAUGGAAGAAAGCUAUCAAGCAGCAGUUCGGAGAGAAAGGAUGGAGAACAUCCAGACUCUAAAUUUUGAACUAAAAUAUAUGAUUGUCGGUCACAUCACAGCUUUUCAAGCGGCCUUUGAGUCCUUGCUUCGCUUUGCUGAGAACCAUACGACUUCUCUAUUUGAGACUGUCUACAGAUCCAUGUCAAAGGAAGCAGCAGAGCCUGUCAAAGAGCUCUUUACAGACAUCUCUCUCUACCUCUUGGGCGCUCAGACCACAGUGGAAAGUGUCCUUUUCCGGUUCUUCGACAGCCUCUUCCCUUUGGUUUACAGCCGCCUAAUCAACCCCGGCAUGGUGAGUCUGUCAGAGGAGUAUACAGAGUGCCUGCGGCUAACGCGGCAAGAUAUAAAUCCAUUUGGACUCUGUUCUAAAGAAGCAGUUACAAAGUUGGAAAAGUCUCUUUGGGCAAGCAGGACAUUCAAUCAGGCCCUGGGUAUAGGCAUUGAAGUGCUGAAUGCUACUGAACAUGCCACGUUGACAAAGGAAUGCAGCAGAGCCCUAGUGAAGAUGCAGUAUUGCCCACAUUGCCAAGGUCUGACUCUGAUCAGACCCUGUGAAGGAUAUUGUCUCAAUGUCAUGAGGGGCUGUUUUGCCAGCAUAUCUGAACUGGACUCUCAGUGGAGGGAAUAUAUCUACACCCUGGAGUAUCUCACUAACGAAAUGGCUGGAUCGCAUGAUCUAGAAGCGGCACUUUUGGGUAUCCGGAAUUCAAUCAAUGACGCCAUCUUGCAUGCCCAGCUGAAUGGACCCCACCUGUCUGCAACUGUAGAUAAAGUGUGUGGACAGCCUGAAGAAAAAGAAGUGAGACCUUUACCAGACAACAUACUUCACGCAAAGGAAGUAACUGAGACACAGGCUCUGACAAUGACACACUCAAAUACUCUAAGCAGUAAAAGGAGUUCUCUGCCUCUGAAAGCUUCAAAGAAUGACAAAUCCAGAAGUUUGAAAAAAAUGGCCCGGGAAUUCAUCAACUACAUGAAACGAUCCAGAACACUCUAUGCCUCUUUAACUGAAAGACUCUGUGAUGGUGAUCUUGUGAUGAAAGACAGUUCGACUUGCUGGAACGGAGAGGACGUUGUAGAAAGUUAUACAAGCAGAGUGGUUACCAAUGGGAUGAAGGCACAAAUUAAUAACCCAGAAUUGAAAGUCAGAGGAAUGGACCCACACGUCAGCAACUUAAUUGCUAAACUGCAACAAUUUAAUCAGGGGGCGACGGAGAAAACAAACUUAAAGUCGGAAAGAAUGGCUAUCAGGGACGGCGGCAGUGGGAAUGGAAUGAAUGAAGAGGUGGGAUCCAGCGGAGAAUGUGAUGAUGAGGACGGAUGUCAAGGAUCUGGUGAGAGGAGCCUCACGAAAGAUGUUCUUGGAGCUGGUCCAGAAGACAGGAAUGAACCGAAGCCAACUGUGAGAAAGGUGGACACCACAACCACAGCUUCUGUAAAAUCAUCUCCUAAACAUAAAGUGGACAGCAAUAUGGGAAACAGAGCUUCAAGUUCCUUACUCUUUAUUAUUACAGCCCUUGCAGUUGUGUGGCACUCUUUGUUGUAGCUGCGUUAUGCGGCGGUAACUGGGCAGUUUCUGCUCACUGUCAUUUAUACCUACAGCCUUAUCCAAGUAAAAACCAAGUUUAAUGGCUCUCUCAAUGGUGCACUCUAGCAUUAUGUGGUAUGUUAGUGUAAGUACUAAACAUUAGUCUGGGACUGGUUAACAGCAAGCGUCUCCGUAGCUGUCGGUAUCUGGAGAUGGCUCUUGAUAACAUCUCAUCUACUCAAGAUGUAAAAAAAAUAAAAAUAAAAGGAUGAAGACGGGAAACCUGAGUAGAUUAAGUUAUUGUGGCAGACACAAUUAAGAAUGUUAAAGUUGUAAAUUAAUAUGUUGGCAACGCCCCCCUCCCCAUUUUUUUUUACUCAUUGAGUAAUGGACAGGCUGCCUAUUUGUUUGAUCUUUUUUGUGAGUUUCACUGCAUAAUUGGUUUUCAGAUAUAGGUCAAUAACACAGUAUAUCUUUUGGGAUCAGCCACUAUAUAUUAUAAGCAAAGUACAGCGCUAUCUACCAUUGGAUGAAAUUCUGAGGCGGUCAGGAAAAUCAUAGCAUGUUCAAAUCUCUUAUUUUCUUUCAUAAUGUUUAGGAUGUAGAAAGCAAUAUAAGAACCAUAUGCUGUGUUUAAUGUAUCAGUAUAGCUGCCUUAACUGUUAGCAACACGUAGAGACACUUCUCAAGUUAUUUUGAAACAUAUAGAAGUGUUUCAUUGCCCAUGCACUUCAUUACCAUAUGCUUAAGACUUGACUGUGUUGUGAAUAUCUGACAAACAUGAAAGGGAGAGGAGCAGCAAUUGAUUGCUGAGACGUAAACAGUCACUUAUUUAAAUUCCUCUACAGUUCCUGUAUGGUAUAGCCAUAGAGAUAACAAAAGCCCUGGUCCACAGAUCCUCACAUGGUGCUACAUAGCUAUCAGAAGAGAGGUGGGAAACCUGUGGCCCUAGAGAUGUUAUGGUUCUACAACUCUCAUCAGCCCCAACCAUCAUGGCCGAAGGUCAGGAAUGAUGGGAGCUGUAGCCCAGCAAUUUCUAGAGUGUGACAGGUUCCCCUCCCCUUUGUUAGAGGGAGCAGGAAGGGAAUCAAUCCCUAAAUUCCCAUCACAAACAACUGGUCAGCAUUGCUAAAGAUGGCAGAGCCAACCACUGCCAGUUUUGUUGGUUUGUGCAUGAUCUCAGUCCCUCUUCUCUGGGUAACCACAUCGUCUUACUCGUGUGGGGCAUGAUCCAGCAGAGGACUGGUGCAUGAAUCGCUCUUGCUGAAUUGGAGCAAAUGUUUCCAUCUAGCUACCAGAAGUUAUUACCUUUUAUCUCAAAAUAGAUAUUGAUGCUCUACAGAGCUAUGAAGAACAGUGUUUCCCAUAGUUUUCCGUUUAAUUACAAUUAAUGUUUUAUUGUGCUAUGAUAGAAAAUAAUAAAUAUGAAAGAAACAUCAACCUAGAAUAAUAAAUACAUUAUUUUCUUCUUGUUCUCUAAUACAUGUUUUCUUUUUUCUUUUUGUUAUUGUAAUGAGGGCUUUUCAGUUACAAAAUGAAACUGAUGUGUUUGACAGCUUGACAAGAUGUUACAAUACCACCAUUAGAUGGGAGAGGGCAAAUACAUGUAUUUUUGACAACUCUUUUUACAGUGCCAUUGAAAAUCUAUACAAUACAAUCUGAGUCGAAUUAACAAUUGUAACAGUCACUUUUGCCUCUGAUUUAUAUUUACUAAACAAAGCCAGUCGUUCGCAUAACUGAAUAGUAGUUUUCAUAACACAGAAUAUUACAAUGUACAGUUUUAUAAGAUAUAAUGUAAAAUAUUGCCUUUGAUUUGUGUGUGAUAUAUGUGUGUAAAAACAUUGACUUCAGCAGUUUGAUUUGCUUAUGCUCAGUCUAGUGCACCAAUUCUUGAAAACAUAUGUGUUUAGGGUCAAAGGGUAAGAUACAGCUAGAUAACUCUUCCUUGUAGACACUGCAGGCUUGAUAUCCUCACAGAAUUGUUUUCCUUCAGGAGCUUCCCCAUUCAGUGGCACAUUCUUUGCACAUAUUUCUCAUGUGCAUAACAGUCCAUAUAUGCAGAGCAUACAAAGGCCUUUGCAUCAUGGAAUGGUGCUUUUAAAUGCAUAUUGAUCCCUUAUAUUCAUGUAAGGUCAUGUCCCAACCAAAGCAAGCCCUCUUUGUCCCAUUCAUGUCAAUGGAAGAGUUAAGCAUGUACUUAAUAAAAAGUAGUAUAAUAAUUUUAUUAUUUAUAUGCCGCCCAUCUGACUGGAUUGCUUCAGCCACUCCGGGCAACUUAAGUCUCUUUCAUUAAUAAUUUUCAGCACAUGGAUAGGAUGAGAACAAGAGCUGUUGUUAUAGUUGUUUCCUAGUUCAUACUACGGAAUUCUAAUCAGUAAUUCACACAACAACAAAAUAUUAUAUGAGACACAUCUAUGCUCACAAUUAAGCUUUUGCAUUUAAGUACCAUGUGCAAAUAAAGGAACCAUGUAAGAGCAAAUAUCAACACUCUCCUCUAUGAGACUUGUAUCAGAUUUUGGACAGAAAUACUUCAUUUCCAGACUUUAAAAAGAAUAAACUGAAUUUGAAUUAUUUGUUAUUGUUAUGUCCAAAAGUUUACAGUUGUUUCAAAUUCACACAAGAAAACUGGCAUUAUGCAAGGAAUAUAUUCGCAUGUAAACACCAUUCUUUGGAGACUGAAACAAGCACAGUAUUUCCCCCAAGAUAUUAAGGUGGUUCAUGUGGAAUUAGAAUUCAUACACUGGAGAACUGAAGCAAAUAUUCUUCUGUGGUUUUAACUGAGCAUUGGCCUUCAAUGACCACAGCAUCAAGCUCUACCACAAACUGAUGCUGCCUGUUUCCUUUUACAUACAAAACAAAGUUUACUGGGAUUUUCCCUGUUCAGGAAAGCAAAUGGGGCUCGGCACACAUUUUAGAGCUACUGGUUCAUGGCUGUGUCCCUUCUAUUCAGACAUGCACCCUGAGUGAUAGCCAGCUAACUCAUACUCAGAGUAUAUUCACUGAAAUCAAUGAACUUAAGUAACUUAAUGUACUCUGAGUAUGCCCAAUAUGGGAUUUCACCCACUGAAUCUAACCAAAAUUCACUAGUUAUGUCAUGAAAUACACAAAAAAUUCAUUAGUGAACAACUAUCAAUCAUUUUGUCUCCAGACAUAAUGUAUCGAAACAAUCAGAGUGAUGUAGCUUAUAUUUUAUCAUUUCAUUUCAUCCUCUUUCCUCCCCUUUUUUGUGCUGUUAAACAAUAAUUUGCAAUUACACUAUUUGCACCUAAUAUAUGCUGCCAUGCGAGAAGUCAUUUGUUGCAUGGUAUAAGCAAUUAACAUUUGUUCACUUCGUCUGUUACAAGAGGAUGUGUAAUUUGUCCACUGUGCCCUUUUUGUGCACCUAAUUAAAGCCAUUUUGAAAUAC